CUUCCCCUUCUCUUUCCGUUUGUCUCUUUUGAAUUCUCCUCGCCCCACCACUUCCUUCACUAGAAUUGCUGCUGGGGCGCCUUCUCUGCACUGAGGAGCACUACCUACAAACCCUAUUUCUUACAAACACAGCUGCCAAUCUCAGCCCUCCCUGCUAUCACCAUGGUGCUGUCAAACGAUAUCGAUCUGCUGCACCCUCCAAUGGAGCUGGAGCAGCGCAAGCACAAGAUGAAGCGACUGGUGCCCACGCCCAACAGCUUCUUCAUGGAUGUCAAGUGUCAAGGUUGCUUUAACAUCACGACUGUGUUCAGCCAUUCGCAGACAGUGGUGCUGUGUGGCAGCUGCUCCACCGUGCUGUGCCAGCCCACUGGUGGCAAAGCCAGACUCACAGAAGGCUGCUCCUUCCGCAGAAAGGGCGAUUGAAUCGCUCACCAAUCUGCCCAAUCUGUCCAUAAACGUCGCCAGUUAUUGGAGGAUUAAGGUGUAAAUUGAUGUCAUACUAAAAGAGUUGUUUUUUUUACACUGACUGCUCCAUCCAGAGUUGCAUUUCCAUUGUACCACUUGGCUUGGGAGGGAGGCUUGGGUUGCGUGUGGCCCAGUGCGCUCAUGCAUGAAGCUACUCGGACAAGCUCAUGUUUUUUACUUUUAAUUCAAGAGAA